GCGUCCGUGACGUCGACACCCCGGAAGUUGACGCUACGCGGAUGCACAUGGCCGCGCCCUGUAAGGAUGCCGCUCGUCGUGUUUUGCGGGCUGCCGUACAGCGGCAAGAGCCGGCGUGCGGAGGAGCUCCGUCGGGCGCUAGCGGCCGAGGGCCGUGCGGUGUACGUGGUGGAUGACGCGGCGGUGCUGGGCACGGAGGACGCGACCGUGUACCGCGAUUCGGCCCGUGAGAAGGCGUUGCGCGGGGCUCUGCGAGCCGCGGUGGAGCGGCGCUUGAGUCGCCACGAUGUGGUCAUUCUCGACUCGCUUAACUACAUCAAGGGAUUCCGCUACGAGCUCUACUGCCUUGCGCGGGCGGCGCGCACCCCGCUUUGCUUGGUAUAUUGCAUACGGCCGGGUGGUCUGAGCGGAGGACCUCGGGAGGCGGGUGCGGCAGACAACCGAGGCCAGAACCUCAGUGUGAGUUGGAAGCCGCGCACUGAGGAAAGAGGGAGACCUCUGGCGGCUGGCAGUAGUGUCCUCAGGGAACCCCAAACAGUGGACUUUGUAGUAAGUGGAAGAACCCAGUCCGACGUACCUAAGGAACUGGAGCAGGAGGAAACCAAGGCGCCAGAUCUUCCAGCUCUUGUGACUCCAGAUAAAUCUGAAAAGCGUGUGUCUAGUGCCUUUUAUCCUCCAGAACUUAUGGAAGCCCUAAUGCUGCGCUUUGAGGCUCCCGACUCUCGGAACCGCUGGGAUCGGCCCCUGUUCACCUUGGUGGGCCUGGAGGAGCCAUUGCCCCUAGCAGAAAUACGGGCUGCCUUGUUUGAGAACCAGGCUCCCCCACCCCAUCAGUCUACACAGUCCCAGCCCCUUGCGUCUGGCAGCUUUCUGCACCAGUUGGAUCAGGUCACGAGCCAGGUGUUGGCGGGACUGAUGGAAGCGCAGAAGAGCGCGGUCCCUGGAGACUUGCUUAAGCUUCCUGGCACCACGGAGCACCUGCAGUUUACUCGGCCUUUGACCAUGGCAGAACUGAGUCGCCUCCGUCGCCAGUUUAUUUCCUACACCAAAAUGCAUCCCAACAAUGAAAACCUGCCUCAGCUGGCCAAUAUGUUUCUGCAGUAUCUGAGCCAGAGCCUGCACUAACCAGAGGGAGUGGAUGGGGGGGUCGAGGGGAGACAUGGCUCCUCAUCUAACCUCCACUGCUCUCUGUUUUUCUUGAUAGGGUAAUCUCAGGGUCUGCAGAGCAUUUUGGUGUGUGGUACUAGAGCUGUUGUGACUGAUUUACUCACGCUUUCCUUUAUGCCAGGCCUUGAGUUUACAGCAUAAAUUGAGACUAGAAAAAAAGUGGAGAACUGGCUUGGAGGAUCUUGGCAAAUUUAUCCAGGGGACAGUGCUCAGGUGGACACGGUUUGUUUAGAUUGGGUUCUACUUGGGGUAUCACACACUGUUGAUCUCCCCCAUCUGAAUUGUGGGAGAGCAGAUUGGAUGAAUUGUUUUAAAACAAUUAGGAACAAGAACUGAAGAUGGCCCAGUUCUGCAUCUGCACUGUCCCUUUGUUCAUACCACAAACGAUUUUUUGAGUACUGUGCCUACUUUUUGUGAGUCUAUCCUGGGGCCAGGGGUCACAGAUAAAUCCACAGGUUUCUGUCCUUGGGAAGCUUUGGUCUUAGUGGAAGUGAAAGACGUUACUAGAUUAUUUCAUCUAAUAAAAUCUUUUAGAAGAAGAAAGUCUGCUGGAAUCUUUUUCACUUAAUGUAACUUAAUGUUAUGCAUGUAAUUUACAUAAUGUAGUAUUUAGAUACACGAGUAUCGCUAUUACGCCUUUGACCAAAAUAGUACUUUAAUAGUGCUUAGUAAGAGACUAGAUAUUUGGUCUAACCUAAAGUAGUUAUGACAACUGUAGUGCUUCAUUCUGUAUUUCAAGGCAGAUAUCACUUUAAGCUUCUUUUCAUUCUUCCAUUGAUUUCAUUAAACAAAUGGUGGGUACCUAACUUGCCAGCAUUUGUGAUUUUCAGAGAUGAAUUAGAUACAGUCUUUGCCCUUGAGAAAGUAAUAGUUUGGUGAAAAGUACAGACAAGUAAACAUGAUUAUGGGAUGAAAAGAGUUGGCAGUUGCAGAAUGAUGACAGAAUGCUUUGGAACCCCAGAGGAGGAAAGGACUAACUGUUGAGAGAAGGUAGUUUUGAGAAGGCUUCCUAGAUGGGUUAACAUUCGAACUGUCACUCUAGAACAUGGGUCAUCAAAGGGUCAAAUAGUAAAUAUUUUAGGCUUUGUAGGCCAUAAGGUCUCUGUUGCAGCUUAUUAACUGUAGCACAUUGUAUCAUAAAAACAGCCAUAUACAAUAAGUAUACAACUGAGUAUGAGUGUGUUUCAAUAAAACUACACUGAAAGGUGAAUUAUAUUGAAUUUUAAUAUCACAAGGUACUAUUUUUUAGAUUUGUUUUUCAACCAUUUAAAAAUGAAACUCCCAAGUCUGUUGUAGGGAGACAGGUAAGUAAUAGAGUUCAAUGUAUUAAAUGCAGUGAUCAUCUUAUACAGUGUAUGGUGGUGUGAUGAUACUGGGGUUGGAUGAUGGAGAAAGCCAAUGGCUGCUUACAUAGGACUCUCCUACAAGUUGGCAUUUGAGCCUUGAGAGCUUAAGAGCUUCAUCUGUCCAAGACUGGUUCAGGUGGAUUAUGUUGCUCAUCAUUUAAAAAAAGUUUUUUCCUCCCUAAUUAUAAAAAUUACAUUUGAUUAUAGAAAAGUUGGAAAAUACAGAAAAAGUAUAGUUAAAUCCACAAUCCCAUUAUCUAGGGAUAACAGCUAUUAUGUUUUGGUAUGUGUCUUUCAUUUCCUUUUAGGAAUGAAAAAAACACAUUUGUAUCUUACAGCUCUACAGAAGCAGGCAGUGGGCUGGAUUAGGUCUACAGACUAUAGUUUGCUGAUCUCUGCUCUAGAAGGAUAAAUAGGAGUUUGCUUGGGAGAGGAGGUAGCAAGGCAUUCUUAACUGCUCUGUAAAUGCAUAGAGCUAUUAAAAGGAUGGGCUGCCUUGGUUGGUGAUGUGUUUCUUGCUCAUCAGGCAAUCUGGACCACCUUUUGUUAUACUAGAUAUAUUGGAUGUGUUAUAAUUACAUAUGAUAUAUUAGAUGAUAUAUGAUAUAUUAGAAUUCCUGGGUGAAAUGGAGGCUUGGACGAGGCAACCUUUAAGGCUUUUUCCAACCUCUAUUCUCUGAUUAAAAGUUAGUUGAUUAUUGGUUGUGGAUUGCAUCCUAAAUUGAAGUAGACAAUAAUGGUCAGAAAGAACAUUGGUUUUGGAGUCAGAAUUAAGGAAUUAGCUAGUAAGUGGCAGAGCCUAGAUGUUAUGUGGUCAGAUAUUUAAUUUCUUAGGGUCUUAGUCUACGUUUUCUCCUUUCUUUUAUGAGAACAUUAAUAGUAUAUACCUUAGGAUUGUUGUGAAGAUUUAUUUAUUUUUAAAGAUUUUAUUUAUUUAUUAGAGAGAGAACAUGAACAGGGAGA